AUGAGCUUUGGCAAGACCAAUUAUCGCGUGGGCGGCACCCGCGGUGGCGCGAACGAAUUUAACUGGGAAGACGUCAAGAACGACAAGUAUAGGGAGAAUUACUUGGGGCACUCGGUACAGGCGCCCGUUGGUCGUUGGCAAAAGGGAAAGGACUUGUCGUGGUAUGCGAAGGCCAAUAAAUUACAGCGAGAUGAAGCGCUGCAGUCAGAGUUGAUGCUGGCCAAGCAGAGGGACGAAGAUCUCAUGAACCAAGCUCUAGGCAUUGCACCCAGAAGACGUCAUGCAGCUGCUGAAGGUUUAAGCUCGUCGGAAGUAAAGGAGCUGCUGAAACGCGGAGAAUCCGAGCGCGAUGGUAUGGACGUUGAACGGAUCGAAGGGUUGGGCGCUGCACCAGUGGAAGCCGCAGGUUUUGGAACAGGACCAAAACGUACAUUGGCUGAGAGGUACAAGGAUCAACUUGUGAGUGGCAACGCAGAAACGACGUAUGCGCUGCCUGGUACAGGAGCUGAGCCGCUAACGGAGAAGGAGGCACAGGCUGAAAGGAAGAAGAUGCGCAAGGCGGAGAGGGAUGCAAACGAACGUAAAACAAAGAAGGAGAAGAAAGACCGCAAGAAAGAGGAAAAAGCGCGGCGCAAUAACAUUCGUGAUACCAAGAGUGACAGCGACAAGAAGCCGCGUCAUGUGCGGCUUGACCGAGAUGAUAAAGAUACUGGAUUUCGCUCGGGAUCUUGGUCUCGGUCGCCUCCUAGGCAUUCAGGAAAGAGUCGGGAUGCAGCUCGACGAUCACACACUGAAAAGCGACACCGCAGCGGUCGUUCUCGCUCGCGCUCUCCACAUAACCGUCGUAAGUAUGCAAGUUCGUCGAAAAGAGCGGAGCAGCUGAAUUCUCGUGACAACGCGCGGUAUCCAGACAAGCUUCACCAUCAUCACUUCCGAUCGGCAUCUCGAUCUCCUGCUUCAAAAAGACGUUCACACUCUCGUUCCCGGUCGCGUCACGGCUAUUAG